AUGGUAUUGACCAGUCGUACUCCCCAGGUAGACACUAGUAUUUUGGAAGAUUUUCCCGAUAAUCUAAAUAUACAGCCAUUUGUAAGAGUAGACCAUAAAUUUUAUUAUUUUGGACAAAGCAAGGUUAGUUGGUACAAUGCCUUCUUGGUUUGCCGUACCCUAGGCGGUUAUUUGGCAUCUUUGGAAACCGCAGAAGAAUUUGCCACUUUAUCCAAUUAUUUGAUUGACAAAUAUCCCUUAGAUCGUUGGUGGUGGUUGUCAGGCUCUGAUCAAGACUCAGAAGGUAUUUUUUCUUGGUAUAAUACUGGUGAACCUGUAAAAUAUGCCGAUUGGUCUGCUGGCCAACCGGACAAUAUGGGCGGUAAUGAGGAUUGUGUACAUUUGUGGCAUGUGGCGAAUAAGUAUCAGAUGAACGAUUGGAUAUGUAAACAGAAGGCAUAUUAUAUUUGUCAAGCUGAUAAACCUAUAACGGUAGCUGUUAGUUUAUUUUAAACACUUACAAUUUAA